UCGCCCGGGCGCGUUCCUCUGCAGCUUUCAUUCUUCGAUGGAGGUUAAACUUUGCACGACCAUGUUAGGAGCCAGCAAAAUGUUGGUUAUGACGCUGCUCCUGCUCCCUACAACUUAUGCACUGCCCCCUUGCACCACUCCGCCCCCUGAGCUUCCGAAUGGCACAUUCGUGGAAAAUGAAGAGGAGCGUCUGGUCCUCUACAACUGCGACAACGAUUUCUGGCUUAGGGGACCCAGUAAUUUGACAUGCAUCACCUCUGCCGAUGGCGAUGAUACGUGGGUUCCCGAGCCUUGGCCAGAAUGCCUUCCGAAAGGAAAGUGCCCGGAGAUAAGCCUGGAACAUGGGGAUUACGACGGUGAAUGCUGCGUGCCAGGCAACAAUGUGUCUUUUUACUGUCUCGACGAGGAACGAUAUCGACUCUCAGGUGCUGACAGCGCCAUCUGCCAGCCAAACGGAAACUGGAGCUCACCAAUACCCACGUGCGAAGACACGUACUGCAAGGACCCUGGCGUGAGUCCAGUCGGUAACCGAGUUCUCUUCCUGGGCCCAGACGUGUACAACAAGGAAUGCUGUCCUCCUGAAACCUCUGCAGUUUUUACUUGUCCAGAGAACUACGAACUUGAGGGCGAAAUGGAGACUACCUGCACAAGCAAUGGAAAUUGGUCACAUCCAAGGCCCAAGUGCCGACCCGAAGGAGCCUGUGACGAUUUUGAUGUCAUCAACGGUAUAGUGCGCGGUAAGCGCUCUGGUGGCGAAUUCUACGUACCGGGUGACAGCGUCUUUGUAUCAUGCUAUCCUGGAUUCCGAGUGAACGGUACAGACCAGCUGUACUGUGAAGACGAUGGUUACUGGGACGAUGACGUGCCCGUCUGCGUUGAGUACAACUGCACAAGGUUUGAGCCCGGACCACACCUUGUAGUAGAUGAAUUCAAAUACACGAACAAUAAGUCUUUCCCUGAGGGAACUGCAAUCAACUUCCACUGCGAGCGAGGUUAUGUCCUUGAUGGCAUCUUCAGUACUGUGUGCAAAAAUGGCGGCUGGUUCGGACGGAUCCCCAAGUGCGAAGAGAUUCGGUGCGGCCCACUGCGUGGUCCGCAAUAUGGCUGGAUGGCGGGCAAUUAUUCGACUGCAGUGGGUGCGACGGUGUCUCUUGGCUGCUUCCAAGGGUAUAAACUGCUGGGUGCCGAUCAACGAACCUGCGGCCUUGACGGGCAGUGGGAUGGCGAGCCUGCUCGCUGUGUGCCAAACGCGAUGAUACAAGCUGCAGGCAGCAGGAUGUGCCUCGACCCUGGCACACCAGAUAAUGGCGUGAGGUUCGGUCUCAACACCUUCUCGGUCGGAAGCAGAAUCAGGUUUGCCUGCAACUCCAAUUAUCACAUGCGCGGAAACUACAUUCUCAGGUGCCUAGAAGGUGGAAAAUGGUCGAGUGCUCUUCCGGUAUGCAUUGGCAAGUUCUACUUUGACAAGACCCCGGAUGUGCGUGAUACAUUCACAGGAAAAACAAAUGAAAUCAGGGAAAGCUACAACGAGAGUGUUGCGGACCACCACGCUGCCGAGGGCCGGACACUUUAUCUGGACGCGCCGGGGGUUAAGAAAUAUUAUAUUUAUUUCCUCUUCGACGCUUCCAGCAGCAUCGGAGAGAAGAACUUUCGCACGGGAGUCAACCUUGCAAAGGCCAUUACACGAAAGGUGAACGUAACAAGAGAUGGCCAUCACGUAGGAGCCAUUGUCUUCACUAAAAGUGCCGACCUGAUUAUCGACCCUGUAGAAGUUCACGACCAGGAUACAGUGCUGAGAAGACUGGAUGGAAUAAAUUAUACAGCUGGCGGCACUUCAAUCAACGCUGCACUAGCGAAGAUGAAGACAAAUGUCGAUACAGUGCGGAGGCAGGGCAAAAACAUUGCCGCAUUUCUCAUCACUGAUGGAAAGGCGAACAUAGGUGGCAGCGCUUCUAAGGAAGCUGAUUUCUUGAAGAAGGCUUACAACGUUGAAAUAUAUUGCAUCGGAAUCACGGGAAGAUUGCAGAAAGAUGCAUUGGAGAAACUCGCCUCCGAUCCCAUCGACGAACACCUGUUUAUUCUGCGUGAUUUCGACGCACUCAAGUGGCUUGCCGAGAAGCUCACAAAUGGCACCGUUGACUAUGGCGAAUGCGGAAUCAGCUACAGCCAUAACGUCACAAGCGGCUUCUCUUAUGACGACUCAGCGCUUCAAGGACGAAUCUAUCAGGGGGAUAAAGUGGUGACAGCUUGGCCUUGGAUGGUCGAGAUGGCACUGAUAAGCGAUGCUGAAAAGGUUGCCUGUGGAGCAACCAUUAUAGCCAAGAAAUGGCUUCUGACAGCUGCCCACUGCCUGCACCAUAAAAACGAUCAGCAAAAGCUUUACCAGCCUACGGACUUGAGGCUACGUGCAGGACUCGUCAACAGAAAGAAUUCUUCGUUCGCAAAGGAGCUCGUGAUUGAGGCUAUUGUGCGCCACGAGGAUUAUAAUGGGUCAACGUUCCACAACGACAUUGCCCUCCUGCAGUUAAAAGAUGAGAUCAAAUUCGAACCCAAGAUACGGCCCAUUUGUCUACCACCUGGAAAAGAAAACAUCGACAGAUAUUCCGACUUCUACAAGCCUGGCAAAGUUGCUUUUGCCGUCGGCUGGGGAGUGCAAAAAUCCAAAGCGCAAGCGUCCGCAGAACACUUGAUGCAACUGAAAAUGACUAUUGGUAGUGAGGCAGAGUGCAGGAAGGCCAAGACUAAGUACUACCGCCCUGAUAUAAUGAUGUGCUCAAAAUCCAAUAUAGGUGACACCUGCAAUGGCGACAGCGGUGGACCCUUGAUGCAGGGAGUUCAGCUCGAAGAAAACAUAUGGACCCAGGUUGGUAUCGUAAGCCAUGGUAGACAAGAAUGUAAAGAAAACAGCUACUCCUUCUACACCGACGUUUCCUACUACGUGGAUUGGAUCGAUCGUCAGAUGAAGAGGCCACUUCCAGGUGCGGCUCAAGCAGUACUCAACGCCAGGGCUUCAGCAGCAGCGGAAGUUCGCCCAUAGAUGUUAUCGGUCUUUGUGAACUAAUAAAUGGAACAGCCUGACGCAGAAGGGCUGGAUCGAAGGUGUUUCCGUUUUA